CAUCGCUUUACCAGUCGAAUGAGGUGGGAACGUCGCUAUGCGAGGGCGAAAACGCUCCAGAUGAAAAAUCCAGGCAGAUACGCAAAACUGCCUCUCUGCUAGAUCUCUCCUGCGACAUGGCAAAUACUGGUGCUCCACAGGCAGCAUCUGGGCAGAAUACGUCAUAUUUCAUGGAGCUCCGCGGAUGACAUUUUACUAGAUCGUCGUGUCCCAUUCCUCUCCCGUUCCAAAUAUUUUUUAACUACCAUCAAGCAGCAUACCAAUCAUGCUUGGUGAAGCAGACGCCAAAUUUCCAGGUCAGGAGGGUGGAGGAUUACCCCCUUCACCUUCUGCUGUUAACCCCGGACAGGUUUAUCCAAAAUCCAGCCUGCACGCCGCACCAGCUGGCUCCAUUCCAGGUUCAGGGAACGAGCCCGGCACUUCCUGUAUUAUCGGGAAUCCCUAUCUUUUCGAGGAUGCCCUUCAGAAGCUGGAAAAUUCAUUGGACAACUUAAUUCAGAUAAUUGGAAGCGAGCAAAAGGCGACCGGGUACUCCGAGGAAGCGACUAGCCUUCUAGAAAAGUUCGAGGGCUGGAGGGAGGAAUUGCGGGCCGUACACGCGGAUCGGUUGCCUGGCAGUUACCCUGAACGGCCUCAAUCUGGGGCAUCUGGUGGUCUCUUCGUUGACUGAUUCCACUGUAUGACUCGUAUAAUUUCAUGUCGUAUAUAAUACAUUGUAGCACUAUGCCGUGCAACAAAAAUGGUGCGAUACUUUACAGAGCAAAAAAUGCAAGCCAAUUCUCCCAUUCGUACAGCAACUAGACGUCCCCCUUUGCUUUAGAGA